GCCGGAAACCAAAACCCUAGUUCUUAUUCCGAAUCUCUCUCCAGGGUUUCUUAUCUGCUCCAAUACUCCUCUGCUCCAAUCCUUCUCUCAUCUUUUCCUUACAUCGCGUUCUACAAUGGCGACGGCGUACUCUCUUCUAUCUCGUUUUCGUACCAUUUGUACCCCCGCCUCUCGCGUCUUCGCCAAUCGGACCUUUUCCGUUCGCCACUCGCAGAUUACGCAACUCCGAAAUCUAGUCCCUGUUAGCGAGGGCCUCCGCCUCAUCAUUGAUUGCCGCAGUGCCGCUGGUCGCUGCUUUUCGACUCGAUCGACGACCUCGUCCAUCCAAGAUCCGUCCCCGAAUUGGAGCAACCGGCCACCGAAAGAGACCAUCCUCCUUGAUGGUUGCGACUUCGAGCACUGGCUUGUGGUCGUGGAGAAGCCUGACGAGAAAUUGACUAGGGAUGAAAUCAUUGAUUCCUAUAUCAAAACUCUUGCCCAAGUUGUGGGAAGCGAAGAGGAGGCAAGAAUGAAAAUAUAUUCUGUUUCGACCAAGCAUUACUUCGCCUUUGGAGCUCUUGUUUCUGAAGAACUAUCGUACAAAAUCAAGGCUCUUCCAGGUGUCCGCUGGGUACUUCCAGAUUCUUAUCUUAAUGUUAAAGAGAAAGACUAUGGAGGAGAGCCUUUUAUUGAUGGGCAAGCUGUUCCAUAUGACCCAAAAUACCAUGAAGAGUGGGUGAGGAACAAUAGUCGGGCCAAUGAGAGGAACAGACGCCCAGACCGACCUCGCAACUUUGAUCGGUCAAGGAAUUUCGAACGACGUAGGGAGAAUAUGCAGAGUCGGGAAUACCAAAGUAGAGAAGCUCCUCCCAUGCCAAAUUUUCAGAAUGCUGCAUCUCCCACACAGUCUGGACAUAAUGUGCCACCACAGAAUUCACCCAAUCCGAUGCCUUCAAACCCAAAUUCCUUCUCUAAUCAAGCGCCCAAUGCUCAGCCUGGAUAUGGAUAUCAAACUGGGCCACCACAAUCUGCUCAACCCAGUGGCCAGGGUUAUCAAUCUGGUCCACCCUCCGGCCAUGGAUUUCAGGCAGGUGUGAUGGGCAACCAAGGUUAUCAAGCUGGUCCACCUGGCAUCCAGGGCUAUCAAGCAGGUGCUACUGGCAGCCAGGGCUAUCAAUCUGGCCCACCUAAUGGCCAGGGAUAUCAAGUGAGUCCACCUGGUGGCCAGGGUUAUCUAGCUAGUCCACCUGGCGGCCAGGGUUAUCGAGUGAGUCCACCUGGCGGCCAGGGUUAUCAAGCUAGUCAACCUGGUGGCCAGGGUUAUCAGUCCGGACCUCCGGUUGGUCAGGCAUAUCAAGCCGGCCAGUCUGUCAGCCAAGGAUAUCAAGCUGGUCUUCCCCGCAACCCAAUGUAUCCGGUAGGCCAGCCUAGCAGCUCUACCCCUUAUUAUGGAGGUAAUCAAGCGUCCCAAGGAGGCCCUACUGGUGGUGGUGGUCCAGCUUCCUCACAAGGAAACUUCGGCUCCACCAAUUACCUAAAUGGCAGCCCUUCUAAUCAAGGUAAUGGUGGUAAUGGUGCUUACAACCAGGGUGGCGGCAAUGGAGGUUUUCAGGGCGGUCAACCUGGCGCUUCAGCAUAUCAGGGAGGAAAUCCUCCUAACGCUGCCAGAGAUAUUCCUGGUAGAGAUAUCUAAAUGAAGAGAGAUCGGUAUAUAAAUCUAGAAAACCUUGAAUAUAAUUAUAUAAACCUACUUGAACUCCUCUUGCAUGUAACUUGUGCUUGAAUUUAUGUCUUUCGGAUGGUUUUAAUACCGAAGUAAUUCUACUUACUGGUUUAUUUUUUAUGACUA